UUUACAGUCAUUAUGGAUAUAUCAUAUGAGGAUCUGAAAGCACUUUUGGAGCACCCAAAUAUAUGUCUUAUUGACGUCCGUACUCAGUCGGAAGUGGACAAGGGACGUAUACCUGGAUCUCUUCAUAUCCCAGUUGAUGCAGUGGAAGUGGCCUUACAGAUGUCACCAGAAGAAUUCAAAGCAAAAUACGGAGUUAACAAGCCACAGUUCAACUCCUCAGAGCUGGUCUUUCAUUGCCAAAUGGGAAAACGAGGGGAAACGGCCACAUGCAAAGCAAAGCAACUUGGCUACUCGCAUGCACGAAAUUACACCGGAGGAUACAAGGAGUGGUCUGAGAGAGGAGGGCAAUGA